AGGACAUACCCUGAAAAGUUGGACGCAUGAGAAUUAUGUACCUUUAAAGGACAUCGUUGUGUGAAUUUUCACCGCCAAGCCAUGCUCCACAGCCGACCAGGAGCUUGCUGGGGAAAAGUGUCUGACCUCUCUGGCGCGCACGCAGACUGGACCAAUACGCAUUGGAUAGCAGGUGGGCCAAGAUGGAGGACGAGGAGGAGGGACAGACCAGGGGUGACCGCCAGACCGUCAGCAGGCGCACCUUACCACCUGAGGAACUUGAAGGUGCUGCUGUGGGUGGUUGUCUCUCUGCUGCCCCUGGUGGAGGGGGCCCAUAUUGGCGCUGGUUUGGGGGAAGACUCUGUCCAGGCUGUGGGACUGCUGGGAGGGAUGAGGGAACGGCAGCUCCCAGACACUCUACCUGAGGUGGAUGAGGAACAAGAGGAGGAGAGUGACCCGUACUCCCCUUGGCAUGGCCUCUAUGACCCAUCUGUGAUGGACGAAGCGGACGACCACCCCAGUGGCCGGUGGGGGGGACGUUCCCCUCGCAACUCAGACCCCUCAGACGCCGAACCAAAAGGCUCGGCCAAGAAAAAGAAGAAGAGGAAGAAGAAAGAGAAAGAGAAAGAGAGAGAGAAAGAGAGGGAUAAAAAGGCAAAAGGAAAGGUCAGGCGGCCCCAGCACAGCAGCCCAGACUGCAGGGUGGAGAAACGAGAGAUGAAGGUGCGGGACUUGGGCCUGGGAUUCGACUCGGACGAGAUCGUCCUCUUCAAGUUUUGCGUGGGCUCCUGCCAGUCGUCCAGGACCAACUACGACCUGGCUCUAAGGGCCCUGAUGGAGAACGGGUCCCUGCCGCGGAGGACCUCCCGGCGAGUCAGCGCCCACCCCUGCUGCCGGCCCGACCGCUACGAGCCUGUGUCCUUCAUGGACGCCCACACCACGUGGCAGACCAUCCAGUCGCUGUCGGCAGCCAGCUGCAUGUGUAUGGGCUGAGAGAGCCAGCCUGGAGGAGGAAGAAUAGGGGAGGGUGGCAACUGGCUGUCACUCACCUCUGCCUGAGAAUAUACAAAUGGUGGCUCGCCAUUGAGGCUGGGUCUAGGGAGAGCAUCUGGGUUCUGGGAGGGCAGAAGUGGUUGCUCCGAAAAAUAUGCAAUAGGGCUGGUCCCCAGUACAAAGCAGGAUGGAGAUUCUGUAGAGUGUCUAUGAUGGUGGAGCGAGGCCACGCCUCUUCCUGUUGUCCAUUUCCUGUUGAGGAUAAGUGGAUUUGUUGGCAAUGGGAAACUGUCAUGAGCGAAUGGCAAGACAGUGACCACACAAUGGUGGGAUUUGAAUAUUCACAGCAGUUGGGAUAUGUAUAAGACUGACCUGGAGUACUGCUGAAAAUAUUGACUCAAAGGUCUAAAAGAGGACCAUAUCUCAUUGCAUUUGACCACAGGUAGACAAGCUCAAACCACUUUUGACAAUGUCAACAUACAGUAUGUCAAUUCCUUCAAAACAGGGAUAUUCCAUACCAUAAUUGCAUUUUUCAAUGUUCACUUGAACUCUACCAAAUAGAUGCCAUGCAUCUCUUUGAAUUACUGUAUUAUAGCCAACAUAUUUAUUACAAAUGACUUAUUUAUUUAUUAUUGUUUCAUAUGAGAUGGACUGUAGAUGUAUAUUUAUUGUCAUGAUCACAUAUCCCGGGGGUUUGUGUUGCUCGGGGCUUUAUGUUGCUGGGUCCUUUGUCAUUGAAUUGUGUUUGAUGUUGUUUUGAAACAUCAAAAAGAUCAGAACAAGUGGAAAGAACCUCAACCAGGGUUGGGGAGUAGCGUGUUACAUGUAAUCCAUUACAUGUAAUUGAUUACAAACACUGUUAACUGUAAUCCGUUAUGUUACCAGCUCAAAUAUUGUUAUCAGAUUCCAGAUACUUUUGAAAAAACUAAAUGAUUAUUUCUAGGGUUACUUUUACCCCAUUCAUGUCCUUGUACUAUAUUUAGUACAAUAUCAAAAUGCGCCAUUGAACAAAUUCAGUUUGGUGUAAAUGCAUGAAAUCUGGUGUCAACAUAUUUACUACAAGUGUCUAGACAGGCCACAUUGACAUUUUAAGAUUGACAUUGGAAGUAUGAUAGAUAAUGACAAUCAAAAUUGGGAUUUUGAGAAAAUGUGGAAAAGUCAUUAAUAUGACUUCAGCAUAUGUAUUUUGAAAUACAUUUCAGAUUUAAAUUGUUUAAAAGCAUAUAGUAUUGUUAUUUGACCUGUUCUAAGCCCAAAUAUGCCAAAUAUAUGAUUCAACUCAUUGUCGUUUGUAAACUACAGCCGUUUCUGUAUCGUACUAUAGUUCCUCUUUGGUCAAGUCAUGUGAAUGUUCAAAUGAUCAGAUCAUAAUAAUGUUUGGUAUAUAGAUUGUCUGGACCAAUAUAUAAAUCUAAGAACAAUAUAUAAAUAAAUCCACACUCUCUCGCUCUCACACACACACACACACACACACACACACACACACACCUAGAGUAUGCAGUAUAAACAAAUUCAGUGGAGUCAUUUCAUCAGUUUUCUAUAUUUCUCAGUUCUUAAACAUGUUCAAAUCUUAAUAAUUGUCUGGGUCAAUAUAUAUAUAUAUAUAAAAAACUAUAUCUAAAGAAAUCCACAUACACUCACACACAGUAGAUUAUACAUUGUAAACUAAUCCAAUGCAAAUCAAAUGAGAUUGAGGCAUGCUACAGCAUUCUUCCUCUUUCUCUAACUCAUUCACAAACACACGUGUACACACACCUAUGACAGACAUACACACACGCGGGUCAGAGACCACUAUGAUGACACACCAAAUGUAUUAGAUGGAUCUCGGUAAAAGAGCAGGAAUAGGCUUUUGUAGGCUACAGUGCAAGCAAGCUACGUCUUCCAAUGGUGCGACUGCUGUCGGCAUCCAAAGAUUAUCAAAUUUAAAUAAGCGCUUGGCGGUAUGGAAGACAGCAGUGGUGUAGUCUACGGGGAUACGGAUAUCACUUAUUAUUGAUAUCUACAUAGCGCAUUCAUGUGAAUCACACUGCUUCUCUCUCAUUUAGCUAUUUGCGCCUUACGGAUUAUGGUUGUUGUGGAUGUCUGUUCACAAAUGUAUAUGUGUAUUUUAACCCAAUAAUGGUGGAAUUGAAGAAGUCUUAUGCUGCCUAUCAAUCAUUGUUUUUGCGACCAGUAGACAGCCAUUGAAAAAUGCGCUCUUGCAAUUCCAGCCUAUGGAAUAAACGUUUAAAGGAGUUCCUCCCUUCUAAACUCCUCUAUGGUAUUGUGCUCCAUACUGUCAAAACUAGUUGAAUUUAAUGACACCACAAGUGGGGAUUUUAUUGCACAAUAUAAUUCGUGCUGAGUAAAAAAUAAUCUCAGUAGGCCUAAUGGACAUAUGCUCAUACUAGCGCACUUUUGAUAGACUUAAUUAAACAGCUUCGAAAUAUCAAAGUGUCACCAACAAAAACGUAAACAAUAGGCCUAUAAAUGCAGCAUAUGGCAUUCAUUUUUCAUGUGCAAAUAGCAUUUUUCGGUAGUGCUCAAAGCAUGCGAUUCCAUGAGAGCAGCAUUCCUUUUUCAACUCGAAGCAACGAGCCCAAUCAGUCCUCAAUGACAACAAAAUCAUAAACAACAGAGUAGGUUAAUAAAUCCUUAGUUUUGGGGUUAUGCUCAGGUAAAACUAUUUGGCUAAUCUAUAUUUCCAUAUAUCCAAGUCCUAUUCUUGAGGUAUUAAGAUAAUUGGAAUUACUGAAAAUCUGACAAACUUUGGUUUUAAAUGUAAAGAUUUAGCCUAAUCCUAUUAUUAUGUGUAUUAAAGUAGAAAGAAAUGGCUUAGAAGAAGCCUACAUAACCAACCCAUAAAGUAAAAUCCAACAUCCAUUUAUGGCCAGCUAUGUAACUCCAACAUUGAUUUAUCCUCCAAUAGAUGUCAUUCAAUUGGUAAUAUUCAUUUUUUGUCUUCUUCUAAUGCCACUUAAGGGGAAAGUAAACUAAAAGUAACUGAAAGUAAUCAGAUUACUUUACUGAGUUGGGGUAAUCCUAAAGUUACCUUACUUAUUACAAUUGUGGACAGGUAACUACUAACUGUAACAGACUACAUUUAGAAAGUAACCUAGCCAAUCCUGACUUCAACAUACAGUAUGUCUCAUUUCACACAAAGGAAGUUAAUAGUCCAGUGGUGGAAGAUUUUACCAGGUUACAAGCUUAGUUUAGUUUUUUUCAUUGUUGUUUCAGUAUUUCAGAGCAAUAUUACAGUCAAUAUUAUUAAUGUUAUUAUUAUUAUUAUCAUCAUUAUUUAAAUGGUUUCCUUUAUUUUUGU